AUGUCGAGCAGAACAAUGAGACGGCAAGUACUGUUGUUUUCGUUGGUCCUUCACCUCAGUUCAGUGAUCGGCCAAGUCAGCUACUCUAUCCCCGAGGAAAUGCCGAGUGGCUUUUUAGUCGGUAAUAUAGCUCAAGAUUUGGGUUUAGAUAUAAAACGACUGAAAUCAGGUAAAGCUCGCGUGUAUACAGGUGACAGUGCGGGAUUCAUGUCGCUAAAUAAAGAACGAGGAGUCCUCCUUAUCAAAGACAGAAUAGACAGAGAAGCGAUUUGCAGACAGACUACGCCUUGUGCUUUACAUUUCCAGAUCAUUUUGGAGAAUCCGAUGGAGUUCUACAGUAUCACGGUGGAAAUUACAGACAUAAAUGACAAUCCUCCCACCUUUGAAAAAAAUGAAGUCAGUUUUAAAAUCAGCGAAUCUGCUGUAAUUGGCGCAAAAUUCGUAUUAGAUAGAGCAAUAGAUCUUGAUGUCGGCAAAAAUGAUCUUCAAAGCUACGAGCUCAAACCUACUGAUAAUUUUGUACUAAAACGGGACAGUCAGGGUGAUGGAACAGAAAAAGUGGAAAUGGUUUUACAGAAGCACCUAGACAGAGAGAGGGAGGAUAUGAUUGAUUUAGUUCUGACAGCUUUUGAUGGAGGAGACCCGCAAAUGUCAGGAACAAUUCGGAUUUUCAUCACAGUGUUGGAUGCAAAUGAUAACGCUCCUGUUUUCACACAGUCAACCUACACAGCCACCGUUUUUGAAAAUGCCCCAGAAGGGACGGUUGUCACGGGCGUCACUGCGUCAGACGCAGAUCAUGGAACGAAUUGUAGAAUCAAGUAUUCAAUUGCAAACAGUUUGGAUCAAGCCCAUGCACUGUUUCAGAUAAAUGAAGACAGUGGUGAAAUUAAAUUAAUUGGAAAUAUAGAUUAUGAAAAUGCGCGAAAUUACCAUAUACAUAUACGUGCAAGUGAUGAUGGUGGACUUACAGAUUCAUGUAAAGUCAUAGUUGAAAUUGUGGAUGUAAAUGACAAUAAACCAACGAUUAACAUAAUGUCAAAAACAAACAUGAUAUCUGAGCACUCCAAACCGAGCACUGUUGUAGCAAUGAUGAACGUUCAAGACCCAGAUUCAAAUGAAAACGGUAAAGUUCACUGUUUUAUCAACGAAAACACCCCUUUGACUAUAAUGUCGGCAUCAAAUAAUUUCUACAGUUUAGUGACAGGCAGUGAGUUAGAUAGAGAGACAGCCUCUGAGUAUAAUAUAACGGUGACCUGCUCUGAUGAAGGAGUCCCCUCCCUCUCCAGCAGCGUCACUCUCACCUUACAGAUCUCUGAUGUGAAUGAUAACGCGCCUGUCUUUGAGAGGAGCUCAUAUGAGGCUUACAUUGUAGAAAACAACACACCAGGUCCCUCUAUAUUCACAGUGAAAGCCAGAGACGCUGACUGGAACCAGAACGCCCGUGUUUCUUACAUACUGGAGGACUCCUCUGUUAACGGAGUGCCAGUCUCCUCAUAUGUGUCCGUUAGUGCUGAUAGUGGAGUCAUCCAUGCAGUGCGCUCUUUUGACUACGAGCAGAUCAAAGACUUCCACUUCCGUGUCAAAGCGCAGGAUGGAGGCUCCCCUCCACUCAGUAGCAACGUGACUGUGAAAGUACUGAUCCAGGACCAGAACGACAACCCUCCUCAGGUUCUGUACCCAGUCCAGACUGGUGGCUCUCUGGUGGCUGAAAUGGUGCCUCGUUCAGUAGAUGUGGGCUAUCUGGUCACUAAAGUGGUGGCUGUGGAUGUGGACUCUGGACAGAAUGCCUGGCUCUCCUAUAAACUGCAGAAAGCCACAGACAGGGCGCUGUUUGAAGUGGGCUUACAGAAUGGAGAAAUAAGAACUAUCCGCCAAGUCACUGAUAAAGAUGCUGUGAAACAAAGACUGACUGUUAUCGUGGAGGACAACGGGCAGCCCUCUCGUUCAGCUACAGUCAUUGUUAACGUGGCGGUGGCGGACAGCUUCCCUGAAGUGCUGUCUGAGUUCACUGACUUUACACAAGACAAGGAGUACAACGACAACCUGACUUUCUACUUAGUGCUGGCUCUGGCUGUAGUUUCCUUCCUCUUCAUCACCUGUUUAGUGGUUAUUAUAUCAGUGAAGAUCUACAGGUGGAGACAGUCUCGCGUCAUGUAUCACUCCAAUCUCCCUGUGAUUCCGUAUUAUCCACCACGUUACUCAGACACUUUGGGGACAGGGACUCUCCAACACGUGUACAACUACGAGGUGUGCAGGACGACUGACUCCAGAAAGAGUGACUGUAAGUUCGGCGGAGCCGGUAGUCAGAACGUGCUGAUAAUGGACCCCAGUUCUACAGGCACGAUGCAGCGGAUACAGAGUGAGAAGAACAUCCUGGAUGAACCAGACUCUCCUCUAGAGAUUCAGGUCCAGGCAAAGGAUCAGGGCUCUCCGUCUCUCAGCAGCAACGCCACUGUCCGUGUUUUUAUCCUGGACCAGAACGACAACGCCCCCGCUGUUAUUUACCCCUCCUCCGCUGCCCUGGGCUCCCUCUCCCAUCAGAGGAUGCCCCGCUCCGCUAAAGCGGGACACCUGGUUACUAAGCUGACGGCCGUGGACGCUGACUCGGGCCAUAACGCCUGGAUCUCCUACAAACUAACGGAGGCCACAGACGCCUCUCUGUUCACGGUCAAUCUGUACACAGGGGAGGUGAGGACUAAACGCGCUGUGUCCGAGCAGGACGACUCCUCUCAGAGGCUGCUUAUAGAGAUCAAGGACGACGGGGAACCGGUCCAGUCCGCCACCGUCACGGUGUCCAUCCUGCUGGAGGACGGCCUCCAUGAGCCCAUUUUAGACCUCCGACAGAAAGUGUCCGAGCCCAGCAAGAAAACUGGGAGAAUCACUCUGUAUUUGAUUCUCUCUCUGGCCUCGGUGUCCGUGCUGUCUCUGGUGACGUUUCUCAUCUUAGCGGUUAAAUGCAUGAGGAGCAGCAGAAGCAGCGACAGUUGCUGCAUGACACGGAGCGACUGUGAUAAUUACAAGAACCCCAACAGAAACCUGCAGAUUCAGCUCAACACGGAUGGACCUAUCAAGUACGUGGAGGUCCUGGGAGGAGACAUGUUGUCUCAGAGUCAGUCCUUCAGGUCCUGUAUGUCUCCAAUGUCAGAGUACAGUGAUUUCACUUUGAUUAAACCCAGCAGCACCACUGACUUUAAGGAGGUGAUCAGUGUUCUGGAUGCGUCUCUACCCGACAGCACCUGGACCUUUGAGAGCCAGCAGGUGAGCAGAUCACAACUAUUUAUUUUAAUAAUGAAGGAAAAAAAAAAAAUUUCGUUCAUAAUUUAAUACAGAAAAUGAUCAAUCAUAGCAUUGGUUAUGGAAUCUAACUGUGGAAAAUGAAUCAUCUAUCCAUCUUUUUGUUUGGUCUUUCCAGAAAAGGCUCUUUCUUUGUCGGUUGGUAUGCCUGUCUGCCCUCUUCCGUCUGUUAACUUCACGAUAUGGUGUUUUCGUUAUACGUACCCAAUGUAAGAUUGUCCUCCAAUGUAGGUAAAUCAAAGUAAUGUGCAAUAAAUGUAUUCCGAUAUGGUUAAAAUAGUUAAGGUAAGCAUCAUGUUAGUGGUACAUGUACGUUUGAACAUUUCAGCACCACGACGGCGGACAGCGAAUGUGAAAUCCUACGGCAUCCUUCAAUUUAGGAACCGAGUGCUAUGGUUUACUCUCCGAUUAUAUUGACAAGAAUGAACUAUUAAAUAUGUGUUUUACUUUUA